AUGUUCGCGUCCCGGCGCCAUCACGCAGACUGCGCACGGAAGCAGCAGGAACUCCUGCACAAGCGCAGCACGCUUCCUCCGAUCUACUCGGAACCACUCACAGACGGUGACCAAAAGAUACUCUCGCUCUCGCUUUCGCAAGUCGUCUCUGAAUGCAAUGCGUAUACCAUCUCCCCUGAGGCGGUCUUGCACGCGUACGGAAAACGCGCUCUCCUCGCGCAGGACGCGACAAACUGCCUUGCUGACGUCAUGAUCGACGAGGCAGACCGCGACAUACUCCUGCAGAAACCACUGUCCGGAGUUGUCAUCAGCAUCAAGGAUUGUAUCAAUGUUGCGGGCCACGACACAACGCUUGGGUUUUCCUCCAGAACCGGCAGACCUGUAGAGACGUCUGCACCUUUGGUGAGGCUCCUACAUGAUGCUGGUGCACUGCUCCACGUGAAGACGACCGUACCCACCGGACUGCUCUCCUUUGAGACCGAGUCCGACGUCUUCGGCGCCACACUCAAUCCCUACAACCCCGCGUUCUCCCCAGGCGGGUCGACGGGCGGCGGAGCUGCUCUCGUGGCGUACCAAGGCUCCAUUAUCGAGGUCGGGACAGACGUCGGCGGGAGCACACGGUUCCCUGCGGCCUACUGUGGUGUCUACUCCAUGAAGAGCUCUGUUGGGCGUUUCCCGGCUGACGGGUGCGUACCAUGCAUGUCGGGCCAAGAAGCUUCUCCAACAGUGACAUCGCCCGUCGCCCGGACGCUCGACGAUUUGCGCGAGUUCUGGAAGCGAGUAGUGGAGAUGCAGCCGUGGCUGUACGAUCACACUUGUGUCCCCCUCCCAUGGCGCCCGGUCGAUUUCAUACUCAGUGGUCGAAAGCCGAAAUGGGGCGUGAUCUGGUCCGAUGGCAUUAUCCCUCCCUCGCCUGCGUGCCGGCGCGCGCUACAGGAGACUGUAGAUUCACUCAAGCGAGUAGGGCAUGAGGUCGUUGACUUCUCUCCUCCGCCCACGCUGGAAGGUCUCAUAGCCGGUUACCAACUUCUCUUCGGCGAUGGGGGUGUUGCGCUGCAUGCUUCACGCCGCUCCGGGGAGACGAUGAACGGUGCGCAACGCACCGUGCAGAUGCUGCUCUCCCUUCCGCUCUGGGUCAAGAGAUUCCUCGCAUCCAUGUACCGCCUCCUUUCGCGUCCGGAGGGUCGGAACGACGCCUGGGCGUCCCUCCUCGAAAGCUUCCACCCGAGGACCAUCGCGGAGGAGCGCGAGCAGGUGGUCGCGCGGGAGGCAUUCAAGGCAGCCUGGCACGAAGCAUGGCAAGAUCAGGGUGUCGACUUCGUUUUGAUAGUCCCACACGCCAUCCCCCCUGUGCCAAGAGGCGGCACCGGUACGGCAACGCUGGUGUCUGCGAGUUACUGUUUCUUGUUCAACAUUCUUGACUACUGCGCCGGGGUCGUUCCGGUUACGUACGUCGACCAAACUCUGGACCGAUUACCUGCAAACUUCAAACAGGGCAAUGAGUAUCAGAACAUGAACGAUAUCGCACGCGGCGUGUACUCGCUCUACGACGCAAGCGCUAUGCACGGACUGCCCGUCGCCGUUCAAGUUGUUGGGCAGAGACUCGAAGAGGAGAAGGUGCUCGCAGGGAUGGCAGAGGUCGAGCGUGCACUUUGGGACGCAGGGCGCGGCUUUGUAGCCAGGAAAUUCUGA